AUGGAGACGACUGAGAGAACGGAGACGUCUGAGAUGUUUUCGGAGGAAUCAUCUACUCAGGUAAUGGCGAAAACCGAGGAGACCACAACGAUUACGACCGUGACAGAGACGACUUCGGUGCCUUCUACUGAAGAGACGGUAGAGGAAACGACGACGUUCACGACGGAGACGUUGGAAGUGGUAAUGGCGAAAACCGAGGAGACCACAACGAUUACGACCGUGACAGAGACGACUUCGGUGCCUUCUACUGAAGAGACGGUAGAGGAAACGACGACGUUCACGACGGAGACGUUGGAGGUGGUGCCGGCACGUUCCAUUGAUACAUUAAAGGAUAUUACAAUGGAGACGACUGAGAGAACGGAGACGUCUGAGAUGUUGUCGGAGGAAUCAUCUACUCAGGUAAUGGCGAAAACCGAGGAGACCACAACGAUUACGACCGUGACAGAGACGACUUCGGUGCCUUCUACUGAAGAGACGGUAGAGGAAACGACGACGUUCACGACGGAGACGUUGGAGGUGGUGCCGGCACGUUCCAUUGAUACAUUGGAGGAUAUUACAAUAGAGACGACUGAGACAACAGAGACGUCUGAGAUGUUGUCGGAGGAAUCAUCUACUCAGGUAAUGGCGAAGACCGAAGAGACCACAACGAUAACGACCGUGACGGAAAUGACGUCGGUGCCUUCUACUGAAGAGACGGUAGAGGAAACGACGACGUUCACGACGGAGACGUUGGAGGUGGUGCCGGCACGUUCCAUUGAUAAAUUGGAGGAUAUUACAAUGGAGACGACUGAAACAACGGAGACGUCUGAGAUGUUGUCGGAGGAAUCAUCUACCGAGGAUAUGGCAAAAACCGAGGAGACCGAGACGGAGACGUCGGAGGUGGAGUAUGAGGAGCCAUCUACUCAGGAUAUGGCGAAGACCGAAGAGACCACGACGAUUACGACCGUGACGGAAAUGACGUCGGUGCCUUCUACUGAAGAGACGGUAAAGGAAACGACGACGUUCACGACGGAGACGUUGGAAGUGGUGCCGGCACGUUCCAUUGAUAAAUUGGAGGAUAUUACAAUGGAGACGACUGAAACAACGGAGACGUCUGAGAUGUUGUCGGAGGAAUCAUCUACCGAGGAUAUGGCAAAAACCGAGGAGACCGAGACGGAGACGUCGGAGGUGGAGUAUGAGGAGCCAUCUACUCAGGAUAUGGCGAAGACCGAAGAGACCACGACGAUUACGACCGUGACGGAAAUGACGUCGGUGCCUUCUACUGAAGAGACGGUAAAGGAAACGACGACGUUCACGACGGAGACGUUGGAAGUGGUGCCGGCACGUUCCAUUGAUACAUUGGAGGAUAUUACAAUAGAGACGACUGAGACAACAGAGACGUCUGAGAUGUUGUCGGAGGAACCAUCUACUCAGGAUAUGGCGAAGACCGAAGAGACCACAACGAUUACGACCGUGACGGAAAUGACGUCGGUGCCUUCUACUGAAGAGACGGUAAAGGAAACGACGACGUUCACGACGGAGACGUUGGAGGUGGUGCCGGCACGUUCCAUUGAUAAAUUGGAGGAUAUUACAAUGGAGACGACUGAGACAACGGAGACGUCUGAGAUGUUGUCGGGGGAACCAUCCACUCAGGAAAUGGCAAAAACCGAGGAGACCGAGACGGAGACGUCGGAGGUGGAGUAUGAGGAGCCAUCUACUCAGGAUAUGGCGAAGACCGAGGAGACCACAACGAUAACGACCGUGACAGAGACGACGUCGGUGCCUUCUACUGAAGAGACGGUAAAGGAAACGACGACGUUCACGACGGAGACGUUGGAAGUGGUGCCGGCACGUUCCAUUGAUACAUUGGAGGAUAUUACAAUGGAGACGACUGAGACAACGGAGACGACUGAGACAACGGAGACGUCUGAGAUGUUGUCGGGGGAACCAUCUACUCAGGAUAUGGCGAAGACCGAAGAGACCACAACGAUUACGACCGUGACAGAGACGACUUCGGUGCCUUCUACUGAAGAGACGGUAGAGGAAACGACGACGUUCACGACGGAGACGUUGGAAGUGGUGCCGGCACGUUCCAUUGAUAAAUUGGAGGAUAUUACAAUGGAGACGACUGAGACAACGGAGACGUUUGAGAUGUUGUCGGGGGAACCAUCUACUCAGGAAAUGGCAAAUACCGAGGAGACCGCGACGGAGACGUCGGAGGUGGAGUAUGAGGAGCCAUCUACUCAGGAUAUGGCGAAGACCGAAGAGACCACGACGAUUACGACCGUGACGGAAAUGACGUCGGUGCCUUCUACUGAAGAGACGGAUAUUACAAUGGAGACGACUGAGACAACGGAGACGUUUGAGAUGUUGUCGGGGGAACCAUCUACUCAGGAAAUGGCAAAAACCGAGGAGACCGCGACGGAGACGUCGGAGGUGGAGUAUGAGGAGCCAUCUACUCAGGAUAUGGCGAAGACCGAAGAGACCACAACGAUUACGAACGUGACGGAAAUGACGUCGGUGCCUUCUACUGAAGAGACGGUAAAGGAAACGACGACGUUCACGACGGAGACGUUGGAAGUGGUGCCGGCACGUUCCAUUGAUACAUUGGAGGAUAUUACAAUAGAGACGACUGAGACAACAGAGACGUCUGAGAGGUUGUCGGAGGAACCAUCUACUCAGGAUAUGGCGAAGACCGAAGAGACCACAACGAUAACGACCGUGACGGAAAUGACGUCGGUGCCUUCUACUGAAGAGACGGUAAAGGAAACGACGACGUUCUCGACGGAGACGUUGGAAGUGGUGCCGGCACGUUCCAUUGAUACAUUAGAGGAUAUUACAAUGGAGACGACUGAGACAACGGAGACGUCUGAAAUGUUGUCGGAGGAAUCAUCUACCGAGGAUAUGGCAAAUACCGAGGAGACCGCGACGGAGACGUCGGAGGUGGAGUAUGAGGAGCCAUCUACUCAGGAUAUGGCGAAGACCGAAGAGACCACGACGAUUACGACCGUGACGGAAAUGACGUCGGUGCCUUCUACAGAAGAGACGGUAAAGGAAACGACGACGUUCACGACGGAGACGUUGGAAGUGGUGCCGGCACGUUCCAUUGAUACAUUGGAGGAUAUUACAAUGGAGACGACUGAGACAACGGAGACGUCUGAGAUGUUGUCGGAGGAACCAUCUACUCAGGAUAUGGCGAAGACCGAAGAGACCACAACGAUAACGACCGUGACGGAAAUGACGUCGGUGCCUUCUACUGAAGAGACGGUAAAGGAAACGACGACGUUCUCGACGGAGACGUUGGAAGUGGUGCCGGCACGUUCCAUUGAUACAUUAAAGGAUAUUACAAUGGAGACGACUGAGACAACGGAGACGUCUGAGAUGUUGUCGGAGGAACCAUCCACUCAGGAAAUGGCAAAUACCGAGGAGACCGCGACGGAGACGUCGGAGGUGGAGUAUGAGGAGCCAUCUACUCAGGAUAUGGCGAAGACCGAAGAGACCACAACGAUAACGACCGUGACGGAAAUGACGUCGGUGCCUUCUACUGAAGAGACGGUAAAGGAAACGACGACGUUCACGACGGAGACGUUGGAAGUGGUGCCGGCACGUUCCAUUGAUACAUUGGAGGAUAUUACAAUGGAGACGACUGAGACAACGGAGACGUCUGAGAUGUUGUCGGAGGAACCAUCUACUCAGGAUAUGGCGAAGACCGAAGAGACCACAACGAUUACGACCGUGACAGAGACGACUUCGGUGCCUUCUACUGAAGAGACGGUAAAGGAAACGACGACGUUCACGACGGAGACGUUGGAAGUGGUGCCGGCACGUUCCAUUGAUACAUUGGAGGAUAUUACAAUGGAGACGACUGAGACAACGGAGACGUCUGAGAUGUUGUCGGAGGAAUCAUCUACUCAGGUAAUGGCGAAAACCGAGGAGACCACAACGAUAACGACCGUGACGGAAAUGACGUCGGUGCCUUCUACUGAAGAGACGGUAGAGGAAACGACGACGUUCACGACGGAGACGUUGGAAGUGGUGCCGGCACGUUCCAUUGAUACAGUUGGAGGAUAUUACAAUGGAGACGACUGA